AUGGAGUUUAUUGCCGCAGGUGUAUCCUGGGCGCUGGGUAAGGCCCCCUCGCCGCAGAAGAUUCUGGGUCGUCUUGGUCUCGCAUCACUGGUUAAGCAGAAUUCAUGGCCUGAAUUAUCCGCAAGGCUUUCACCUCAAGCAUCGAUCGUAUUGCCCGAUGACUCGGCAUUUGGUGGUCUUGUUAGUAGAUGGCGGGAUUGGCAUGGGCCCCAGCCUGGAGCAGUCGUGAGAACUUUCUCAGAGAGUGACGUGCAAGAAACUAUAAGAUACGCGAACCAGCAUGGUAUCCCGUUUCUUGCUAGAUCGGGUGGCCAUGGAGCGACCGAAGCACUGCAGUUGGCCAAGGAUGUUAUUGUGGUGGACCUGCGAGACCAAAAUGAUGUCGAGAUUGCGGAGGAUGGGAAAUCUGCGAGGAUUGGUGGAGGCGCGAGUGUGAAGAAGGUUGUAAAUGAGCUUUGGGCAGUUGGAAAGCAAACAGUCACCGGCAUCUGUGAGUGCGUCGGUGUCUCGGCGCCCGUUCUCGGAGGCGGCCAUGGUUGGUUACAAGGCCAAUACGGUCUUGCAUCAGACCAGGUCAUUUCUGCACGAGUUGUGCUCCCCAACGGGGACGCAGUGACGGCUUCCGAGGAGUCAAACCCUGACUUGUUCUGGGCUUUUCGCGGAGCAGGACAUAACUUUGGCAUUGUGACCGAAUGGCAGUACCGAAUCUACGACAUCAACAACCCCAAGUGGUCUUACGAGAUCUUCAUCUUCCUUGGAGAUAAACUGGAGGAUGUUCUGGAGUUGACGAAUAAAAUGAUGAAGACCCAGCCGCCGUAUUUGACGCACUGGAUUUACAUCGUCAACAUUCCUGAGAUUGAUCGUGACAAGCCAAUUAUCUGGUACGCUGUCAUCUCAGAUGGCGCAGCCCAAGAAGCGCGAGACUAUGCAAAACCACUUCACGAACUUGGCCCCAUCAACGUCAACGCUGGCGAAGCUUCAAUGCCUGAGUUAGCCGCCAUCACGCUUAUGAGCGACGAUAGCGUCGGAUGCGCAAAAGGCUUCACCGGCCUCCGAUACCCAAUCGGCCUCAAGACCUACGAUCUCUUGGCCGUACGAAAGGUCUUCAACGAGAUCGCCGAUAUGUCGAAACGUGUUCCCGAGUUCGCUGGUUCAUUCUUCCUUCUUGAAGGGUAUUCCACCCACGGCGUCAAGGCAAUUGAUGCAAAGAAUUCUGCUUUUCCCCACCGCGAUGAUGAGAUUCUCGUCACUCCUUACAUUCUUUACAAGCCCAAUACGACACUGGAUGGGCUUGCGCAGGAGCAUGGUGAGAAAUUGAGGAAGCAUUUGCUAAAGGCCAGUGGAGACCCAGAGCAUCUACGCGCAUACGUCAACUACGCUCACGGCUUCGAGUCUCUUGAGGAAAUGUACGGCCACGAGCCCUGGAGGAUCGAAAGGCUCAAGGCCCUCAAAAAGAACCUCUUCGAGCAACGUUAUCGUGCAGUUCCUGUCGACAACGAAAGUACGCCGUCUAUUCUUGGCACCGAUGACGAUGCUGACGAGAUACCCAGACUGAAAUGUGAUCGCGAUGAGCCAUGUAGCAAUUGUGUUGCGAGAAAUGUCUCGUGUCAAUAUGCGCCAUGGCCACGAGGUCGUGUUGCUGCUCAGAGAAGAGAUAGCAGGCAGAAUGAUCUGAGUGACCGCGUCCGCCAUCUUGAGCAACUUCUCGGCUCUAUUGUUCAACAGCUUCCAGCUCAGCAGGGGACGUCCAAUGGAUCACCCAGUAUCAAGAGCCCGACUAGUACUUAUGUUGCCACAUCUCAUGUUACAGGGUCCCAGCAAGGAUCUCAUCACUCUUCUCAGGAAGGCUCUGAGGUCAAGCCUGGUAGGAUGAUGGCGAAUCCGAAUGAGACGAUCUAUGUUUCUAGCAGUCACUGGUCUGCUAUUUGCCACGAGGUUGAGCAUAUUCGCGAGCAUCUGGACGAAAGCCACGAAGCGAGUGAUCUGGGCAUUGUCGAUCAAGCCCAAAGUCAAGUACCGCUACUUCUGGGGCCCGGAAGAGUCGCCCCGAGCCUUGAAGAUAUCCUCGCGGAUGUCCCUCCGAAGCACAUCACGGAUAGACUUGUAUCCCGGUAUUUCACCUCGACUCAGCCAUCCAUCUUGAUCACCCAUUCGGGAGAGUUUGAAGGCGAGUACAAACGCUUCUGGAAUGACCCCCAUUCCGUGUCUGUUCAGUGGGUUGGGAUGCUCUUCGGAAUUCUGGCCACUGGAACUUUCUUGUACAUCCGAUCACAGGAUGAGCUCCCGGGAGGAAUGGGUUCGCCUCUUGAGGUCGCAGAGUCCUUUCAGCAAAGAUGUACCGACUGUCUUAUUCUUUCCAAAUACUCCACAGCGCCGGGUAAGUAUACUCUAGAGACUCUGCUUUUCAAUAUCCACGGUGAAUUCGUGCGCCGUCGAGACGCUCAUCUCGGUGUGUGGAUCCUUACCGGUAUUGCCAUUCGUUUGGCGAUGCGAAUGGGAUACCAUCGUGAUCCCGAUAACUAUCCUCGGAUUUCACCAUUCCAUGGCGAGAUGAGGCGUCGUGUAUGGGGUGUUCUCCAACAACUUGACAUUCUGACUUCUUGUCAACUGGGCUUACCGUCGCUUAUCCAGGAGUCCCAGUGCGAUACCCGUCUCCCCCGAAACAUCAACGAUGAAGACUUUGGUCCUGAGUGUACGCAGCUUCCUCCACCAAGGCCUGAGACAGAAGGUACUGGCGUUCUAUACACCCGUGUCAAAGUCAAGAUGAUGACCAUCUUUCGAACGAUCUUCAACCAGGUCUCACUUGGCAAGACGGAAGACUACAACGAGAUCAUGGCUCUCGAUCAGAAGCUUCAUCAAGUGCAUCAGUCCAUGCCCACUUGCUAUAAGAUAGCCAAGUUGGAAGAUUGCUUCAUGGUCCCGCCGUAUCUCCUCAUUCGGCGAUACAACCUUGAGCUUCUCUUCCAAAAGGCUAGGUGUACACUGCAUCGCCAUCACAUGACGAAGGCAUACCAUGAUCCCAAGUACAACUACUCCAGAGCAGCUUGCGUUGACUCAGCUAUGACAGUUCUUGGACAUCAAGCUAGCAUCCUGAAGGAGGUCCAAGUCGGUGGACUGCUGUAUAAUGAUAGGUGGUUCCUCACAUCUCUCGAGAGACAUGACUUCUCGCUGGCGUCCAUGGUCGUCUGCGUUGAACUUGGCAUGCCACCCGAGCAGCAGAACCCAGAGCUCGUGGGGUAUACUCGAGAGAGUAUGAUCGACGCUCUCAAAACCUCGCAGGCAUUUUGGGCAGCUAUCAAGGCGGUCUCUGUUGAGGCAAAGCAAGCGUAUGAUAUGCUGACGGUGAUGUUGAAAGCUGUUACGACUGGUUCAAAGGAUGAGUCAAUGCCACCAGCUGUAAACCAAGAAAAUGCCCCAGCAUACAAUGGCAACGGCAAUGGGCACAUGAACGGGCAAGCUAACACGAGCGAGACUCCUUUCUCGACAGAAUUUCAGGGCAUUGAGGCCAUGCUGAACAGUUCAGAUGGUGUAGACUGGGAUAUGUGGGAAUCACUGGUUCACAUGCCUGAAGACUUCUCCCAAUAUGAAAUGCCAGAGGAACUCUGA